AUGUCCUUCCUCCGCCGCAGGCUCGCGGACCUGGACUCCCUCCCCACGCCCAUCGACAGCUCCAUGGCCGACCUGGGCACCAGGGCAGAGGUGCCCGAAUCCACCUCCACCAUCGCCCCCUAUCACUCCAACCUGGCUGGCGUCAAUCAAGCCCUUAACUUGGCCUUCGUCGACGCGCUCUGGUGGACACUGGGCAUCAUGGCCAUGAUCAUCCUGGUGAUCCGGUUCGGACAGAUCGCCUGGGCCCAGCUUCGACGAGUUUCAGCCAUGGCCGUCCCCGCAGAGGCUCAAGAGUACUGGAAGAGGGCACAGUCAAACUGGAUGCCUUGGUUGAAGCGCAACAUCAUCUACGCCCCCUUCUGGAAAAAGCGCCACAACCGUGAGUUCAGGCUCUCCAAAGCCGGCCACAUGGGCGUCCUCCCAUCUCGCCUUCACAGCAUUAUCCUCUUCAUCUGGCUGGCGAGCAACUUUGUGUACAUGUUCGUCCUCAACUGGCGCAACGCCAACGUCUUCUCCUUUGCCGCCGAGGUCCGUGGACGCUCUGGAACCCUGUCUGUCGUCAACAUGGUACCCCUGAUUAUCUUUGCUGGCCGCAAUAACCCCUUGAUCUCCUGGCUGAAGAUUAGCUUUGACACCUACAACCUGCUCCACCGCUGGAUGGGCCGUUUGUCGGUCAUUGAGGCCGUCAUCCACACCAUUGCUUGGAUGUACGUCAGGCAUGCCGACGGCGGUUGGGAGGCUGUCACCUCUCGCAUCUUCCACAAGGCCUUUGAGGCAUCCGGCAUGCUAGGUACCGUGGCUCUUGUCCUCAUCCUAAUUCUCUCGCUUUCGCCCAUCCGCCACGCUUUCUACGAGACCUUCCUCAACGUCCACAUCAUCCUGGCGCUCAUCACCUUCGUCUGCACCUACAUUCACUGUGUCGCCUCGGCCCAUCCCGGUGGCCUUCCUCAGCUGCCCUGGAUGAUGGCCAUCUUCGUACUGUGGUUCGCUGAGCGCCUCGCUCGCGUCCUGCGCACGGCCUACAUGAACUGGUCCGACAGGGGUCUGACCGAGGCCGUCUGCGAGCCCAUGCCUGGUGACUGCACCCGAGUUACCAUGCACCUGCCCCGUUACGUCGACGUCAAGCCCGGCACUCACUGCUAUCUUCGCUUCGCCAAGGUUUCUCCUUGGGAGUGCCACCCUUUCUCUGUCGCCUGGGUCGACCAUAUUCCUAUCCACGACAAGCUUGGAAUGAACAACUCUGACUUUGACGAGGAGAAGCAGCCGAUGAACGCCGUUGACCGUAAGAACUCAACAACGUCUGUAUCCUUCGUCAUUGGCGCCCAUACUGGCUUCACCCGCAAGCUCUACGACACCGCACGUGCCUCGGGUGCCCCCGCUAUCACACUCCGCGCCGCCCUCGAGGGCCCCUACGCCGGCCAUCACGAGCUUGACUCAUAUGGCCACGCGGUUCUGUUUGCUGGCGCUACCGGCAUCACUCACCAACUUUCAUACCUCAAGCCUCUCAUCGAAGGUUACAACGCUGGCACUGUGGCGACAAGGCGCAUCACACUUGUUUGGAUUGUGCGUGACUACGAAGCGCUCGAGUGGGUGCGCCCUUGGAUGGACACGGUUCUGCGCAUGCCCGGCCGUCGCGACAUUCUGCGCAUCCAGCUGUUUGUGACACGACCCAAGAACCCGCGCGAGAUCGUUUCCGCAAGCUCAACUGUUCAGAUGUUCCCCGGCCGACCAAGCGUCGCGACGCUCCUGCGCAAGGAGGUCGAGGAACAGAAAGGCGCGAUGUGUGUGACAGUUUGUGGACCUGGCGCACUUGCCGAUGACGUCCGACAUGCUGUACGACAGGUCCAGGACGAAGACACGGUGGUCGACUUUGUGGAGGAGAGCUUUACGUGGUAA